AGAUGUCGAGUUCGCUGGGCUGUUAUAACGAGUGUUAAGUAUUGUGCUACUAUUGUCAAUUGAAGGAUUAAUAUAAGCAUAGCCAUGUCAAGUAGAAGAAGAGCAUACCCACAGCCUCAAUAUGCUGUUGAAGCAUCGGCUCCUGCAGCGGUUCCACCUGCUGUUGGUGGAAACCAGUAUCAACAACCAGGUAGUGGAUUAGGUGUUCCUCCCCCAAAUUCAUUAGAUCCAACAACUCUGCAAUUUCAAAAUUUAAAUAUUUCUGGAACUAAUACUGCUGUCAAUUCUCCUUAUUCAAAUCAAGGUGGACAAUUUGGUCAAUAUCAACAACCUACUAGUCCACAAGCUAGUCAAUUUGGUCAUAGUCAAUAUCAACAACCUCAACAACCUCAACAAGCUCCUGGUGUUGGUGUUGGCGGUGGUAAUGGUUAUUAUAAUCAAUCUAAUAAUUUAGGUACUUCAUUACCUUUAAAUCAAUUAUAUACUACCGAUUUAUCUAGAGAAUUACCUCCACCUAUUACAGACUUAUCUUUACCUCCUCCACCAAUUGUUUUACCACCUAAUACAACUUUAAUUCCAAAUUCAGAAACUUCAAAUGCUUCUCCCGAUUAUUUUAGAUCAACAUUAAAUGUUAUUCCAAAUAGUUCUUCAUUAUUAAAAAAAUCUAAAUUACCUUUAGCCUUAGUUGUGAAACCUUAUAAUGCUUUAACUGUUGAAGCAGAAAAUGUUGCAGUUACAUCUGAUACUACUAUUAGUAGAUGUCGUCGUUGUAGAGGGUAUAUUAAUCCAUUUAUAACUUUGGCAGAAAAUGGUAGACGUUGGAGAUGUAACUUUUGUAACUUAUUAAAUGAUAUUCCAUCAGCUUUUGAAUAUGAUGAAAUUAGUGGACAAGUUAAGAAUAAAUUUGAUAGAGUUGAAUUAAAUAAUGCUGUAGUUGAAUUCAUUGCUCCAAAAGAAUAUAUGGCUAGAACUCCUCAACCAAUUGUUUAUACUUUUAUUAUUGAUGUUUCUGUUAAUGCUGAUCAAAGUGGUUUGAUUGGAACUAUUACUAGAACCAUUUUAGAAAGUUUAGAUAGAAUCCCAAAUACUAAUAAAACUGCCAAAGUUGCAUUUAUUGGGGUUGAUUCUAGUUUACAUUAUUUUAGAUUCAAUGAAGGAUUUGAAGGAGUUGAAUCAUUGAUUGUUUCUGAUAUUGAAGAACCAUUCUUACCAUCACCAGAUGGAUUAUUGGUUAAUUUAGAUGAAAACAGAGUCGCUAUUGAAAAGUUCUUACUUGAUUUCCCAACUUAUUUUGAAGGUACAGGUAACCAAGGAUUUGCUUUAGGACCAGCUUUGAAAGCUGCCCAUAAGUUAAUCAGUAAUAUCGGUGGUAAAUUGGUUUGUUUCUCUUCCACUUUACCAAGUGUUGGUGAAGGAAAAUUAAGUAUUAGAGAUGAAUCAGGUGUAGCUGGAAAACCAAAAGAAGCAAAAGCUUUAUUAUCUUCUGCUGAUAGUUUCUAUAAAUCAUUUGCCGUACAAUGUAACUCAUCUCAAGUUACUGUUGACUUAUUUUUAACUUCUUCUGCCUAUCAAGAUGUUGCCACCUUGUCCAACUUACCUCGUUAUACUGCUGGUCAAACACACUUCUAUCCCGCAUGGACCAGUGCUAAAUAUGAAGAUGUUACUAAAUUAUCUAAAGAAGUAAGUGAUCACUUAUCACAAGAUAUUGCCAUGGAAGCAGUUUUAAGAGUCAGAGGAUCUACUGGCUUUAGAAUGAGUUCAUUUUAUGGAAAUUUCUUUAACAGAUCUUCAGAUUUAUGUUCAUUUCCUACAUUUCCAAGAGAUCAAAGUUAUUGUAUUGAAAUAUCUAUUGAAGAAAAUGUUACUAAACCAGUAGUUUAUUUCCAAGCGGCAGUAUUACAUUCUACAUCAUUUGGUGAAAGAAGAAUUCGAGUUUUGAAUUUAGCCCUUCCAACUUCUAGUAAAUUAGUUGAUAUUUAUGCUUCAGCUGAUCAAUUAGCUAUCACUAACUUUUAUACUCAUAAAGCUAUUGAAAGAGCAUUAUCAACAUCUUUACCUGAAGCUCGAGAAUUCUUAACUAGUAAAGUUGUUGAAAUUUUAAGUCUUUAUAAAAAGGAAUUAGUUGCAGGAAAUGUUUCUGGUGCUUCACCAUUACAAUUAUCAACUAAUUUAAGAAUGUUACCAUUAUUAUUGUUUUCAUUAACAAAACAUUUGGGUUUCAGAGCUGAAAGAGUUCCAUCUGAUCAUAGAGCAGCUGCUCUUAACAAUCUUGGAUCAAUUCCAAUUAAACAAUUGGUAAAAUCCAUCUACCCAACUGUUUAUGCUUUACACAAUAUGCCAGAUGAAUGUGGAUUGCCAGAAAGAUUAAUUCAAGUCAAUGAAGAAACUGGUGAAGAAGAGGAGGUUGUUUCUACAAAUAUUUUAUUACCAGAACCAGUAAAUGAUUCUAAAUCGACUUGGGAAAAUUAUGGUUUAUAUUUGAUUGAUGAUUCUAGUGAAUUAUUCUUAUGGGUAUCUGGUAAUGUUGUUCCAGGAUUAGUUCAAGAUUUAUUUGGAACAGAUAAUUUAUAUGCCAUUCCAACGGGUAAAACUGAAUUACCAGAAUUCAGUAUUGAAGAAUCUGAAUUCAAUUAUAGAGUUCGUCAAAUAAUAGGAAAGAUAAGAGAUCAAAAUGAUUCUAUUGUAUGGAAGAAUUUAUAUGUUGUAGUUGGAGGAUCAUCCAAUGAACCAAUUGAGGUAUCGCAACAACGUGAUCUUAUGGCAUUAAGAAUGUGGGCAUAUAGUUGUUUGGUUGAAGAUAAAUCUGGAAGUGAACCAUCGUACAGAGAUUUCUUAACCUCAUUAAAAUCAAAAGUUGCGCAAUAAACAUUAUAAUUAAUUAGGUAUAAUUCUUGUUAUAUUCUUUCGUACAAUGUAUAUAUGUUAUUCUAAUACAUGUGUUUGUUA